AGCCUGAUAAGUGGGUCCAAAGGCCAAUGCUAACCUGCAAAAAGCUGCUGCAGACCGAGGCAUUCAAGCAGAGACAAGCCCAUCACGGUGCAGACAGAGUGCUCAGGGUCACCAGUCCUUCACACUCCACAGGAAACAUGACAUUUCAUCACUCCUUUGGAUUGUGCUUCGUCGUGGUCGUGGUUGCUUCUGCUUCUUCCAUUGACCAGUCUAGAUGUAACCAGCCUAUGGACCAAGGAAGUGGGGAGGUGUGGAUACAUAGUUUCUACUAUGACACCACACAGGGAAUCUGCAUUCCCUUCCAUUACAAAGGAAAUGGAGGGAACGAAAAUCGCUUCCCGUCAGACGCUGAAUGCAUGCAGGCCUGCUCGGACAAACACCAUGAGCUAUACCCGCCUGGAGGUUUAGUGUGCACGUUAAAGGAAGACCAGGGCAAUUGCUUAGCCCGGUUCGUGAGGUUCUACUACAACGCGGAGGAGAAGGCAUGCCGGACGUUCAUCUACGGGGGCUGCGGGGGGAACGGGAACAAAUUUAAGACCAAGCAGGAAUGCCAAGAAACAUGCGCAAAGUCGGGUCGGUCUUUUGAAUCGUCUGCUCAAGAUUCAAACCCAGAUGCGCCGUCUGCCAAUGUCGGUCUGAUCGUUGGAAUUGUAGGUGGAUGUGUGUUUGCAGUUGCCGUCAUUUCUGCGAUCGUAGUACUUGUUAUGCAGAGGAACGGAAAACCGAAAGAUCGGAAGAAAGUUCCAACAAAUGCCAUAGAAGUUGAGAUGCAGUGAUGAGCGGAGGUUUUUUGAAAGAUUGCUCAAAACAGUUCAAAGAAUAUGAAGUACCUUAUACUGACUUUGAGUGAUUCUACUUUCAACCUCUUAUGUUUUAUACUUUUGAAUGCAUUUUGAUUUGUAAGAAAAUUGGGCAGAGUAUUACAUUAACAGACUGCUCUUUUUAUAACGAUGUUUUGUUACAUUUGUAGUACAGCUACAUCCUAUAGUUUUACACUUCUAAGUUGCACUAUAUGGCCAAAAGUAUAGGAACACUAGCUUAUCCAACAUCUCAUU